AUGCUCAAUGUGUCAUAUGAUAUUGUGUGCCAAUGGCACAAAAACCUCUGGGCCCACAUGAAGUCCUUUCCUCAAUCUCAUGCCUUGGACCAUCUCACCAAGUAUAUAUGCUUCUUCAUGCCAAAGUUCCACCUCCUCACACAUGUUGCAAAAUGUCAGACCAUCUUCUCAUUCAAUUUCACAUGUUAUGUCAGCCAGACAGAUGGUAAAGCCCUGGAGAGGGGCUGGUCAAAUAUCAACCCUGUGGCAUCAAGUACAAAAGUGAUGGGUCCUGGUUGUUGUCAUGACAUGCUGGACAACCAUUUUGGCAAUUGGAAUUGGGAAAAGACCAUUGAGUUGGGCACAUCUCUCCUGUACAAGAUGAAGGAUGCUCUAGCUGAGAAGGCUGUGCAUGCACUUGCAUUUGAGGAAUUUGAUGCUGUCAUCACUCCUGAGCAUCACUCUGUGUGGUUAGAGGAAAUGCAAGCUUGGGAAGAUAAUCCGAAUGACACAUUGAUCUCUAAUCUGCUUGAGGCCAAAGCCAUGGGUGAGUAUUUUCUGCUAUUAAAGUGA